CUGCUGUGCUUGGUCUGUCGAAGGAGAGGGAAGGAGAUUACUUCCACAACAGUAGCUGCUCGAGUAUCGCGCGAUUGGGCUGGGGAGCAGCAUCGGUGAAAGCGCGUUUGUUCCCGGCCAACCAAGCAGAACCCAAGAGCUAUUAUACCAGAGAUCAACCAACACCCGCAACGGACAAAACGUUCCAGCAGCAGCUGUGCAGGCAGAAGGGAACAACCAAGGCAGGGUUACUUGGCCCGACCUGAGAGCGUGCGUUGCGCCUGAGCUGCACGUUUUUUGGCGCUUCCGUCCGAGACCAUGACUACGCGACAAGCGGAGCCGUACGACCACCUCUUCAAGCUGUUGCUGGUUGGAGAUGCUGCUGUUGGAAAGAGCAGCAUCAUGUUGCGAUUCACAGACGACACUUUCGACGAUCAUCUGCAGAGCACCAUCGGGGUCGACUUCAAGGUGAAAAUGGUCGAUGCGGGGGGCAAAAGGAUAAAGAUGACGAUCUGGGACACCGCUGGCCAGGAGCGGUUCCGCACGUUGACGAGCUCGUACUACCGAGGGGCACAGGGGAUCAUGCUCGUGUAUGAUGUAACGCGACCGGAGACUUUCGACAACUUAUCCAAGUGGCUAGAAGAGGUGGAGACGUACCAUCCUGGCAGGGGAAGGGAGGUAGUGAAGCUGCUAGUGGGGAACAAAGUGGACAAGGAGAGGGUGGUUACGCGUGCUCAGGCUGAGGAGUACGCGCGCAGCAAGGGUAUGCUGUUUUUGGAGGCCAGCGCGAAAACGAAGGUCGGUGUGAAGCAGGUCUUCGAGGAGGUGGUCCAAAAGAUCCUCGACAACCCCAGCCUGCUCGCGAACACCGCUCCCGGGAGACCGAGAGACACCGUCGACCCUUCCAGGCCGAAUCCCAACCAGGCGGGGGGAGGGCUCUGCUGCGGCUGAUCGGAUCGAAUGGACUGAUGAGAUUUGAUUGGAUGCCGGGUAGUCCCAACCACGAGGGCUCUGCUGUGGCUGAUUGGAUUUGGUGGUGGACGGGUGGGACUUGAUUGAUUGCCGGGUCAGGCUAGUUUUUUUUUUUUUUGCUGCCGACACCCCGGGGGCACCGACUGGUGUUUUUUUGCCGGGCGGGGGGGAACGGGGGGGUCGCUUCGAAGUGCGAGUUGUAAAAGGGGGUCCCCGCUGUGGGGUGACUUCCUGGACAGGUGUAAUACUGCUGUAGGAGCCCUUAAAUUUUCUGAGAUAGUCGUUUUUUUUCUUGUUGAGGGAUUGAGUAUUGGUGGGAAAAAACCGUGGUCGGCUGCUGUUGGUGGUGUCACCCAGUGCGGACGACUACAAGCCCGCAGUUUCAUUGUCGCUGAAGUUUGUUUCAUGGUAAAGCUCUCGGUUAGUUCCGAUUUAUCCGGCUGGUCAAAGUAUCCUUGGCCUGUGGGCAAUCCCAGCGAAACGUCGAAACCUCCCUUUUUUGCGUCAUUGGGAGGUCGUUGUUGUUGUUUUUGCUAUAAUACUGUUGCUGUUGUGUUGUAGUGGAGAGUCGCGUGUGCGCGUGCGUGAGUCGCGCGAACCGCCCAAAACGGAACAAUUUUUCAUCGGUGUUGGCGUCCUGCUAUAUAAUAUGCACGGUGGUGCUGGCUGGGGCAGCAAGGAGCUUGAUUCAACCAAGUCAAACUUCCCUCGUAGGUCACGAAUCACGCUGAAACUUCGUGAGCGCUUCUAAAGCGGCAGGAGAAGAGCGUAAGGGUGGCUGGGGCUGUCGUGCGGAAUCGGCUCAAAAAAGUGCGUGGUUUGGAGCUUCCGAAUGAGGUCGACGUACGUACGCACCAAAGUUUUAUUUUCCGCUGGUUUUAAUUUCCGCUGGUAGCAAUAUGAAUGGUAGUAGUUGGUAAUGGUGAUAGUUAGUAGUAGAGAGGCUAAAGAAGGUAAUAUACAUACACACAUACACAAAUA